CGUUUGCCCGGCCGGAGCCCUGGGCUUUCCGAGGACGGGUGAGAAUUACGGAAACACCUUUGCCGCCGGCAGCUCGGGGGCCCUGCUUUCUCCGGAGCGCUCAGCUCAACUGCUCUUCGGGGCUCGUGAUUUCUCCUCAAGUGCCUGGAGCUGCUGCCACCGGAGCCCAUGGCGUACACCGUGACUCCCACGCCGCCGGGGCCCGUCGGCUCCCAGUACUGUGUCUGCAAAGUCGAGUUGUCCAUCUGCGGCCAAAACCUGCUGGACAGGGAUGUCACUUCCAAAUCCGACCCCUUCUGCGUCCUCUUCAUGGAAGUCAACGGGAAGUGGGUAGAGCUCGACAGGACAGAGACAGCCGUGAACAACCUCAACCCGGCUUUUGCCAAGAAAUUCAUCAUCGACUACCACUUUGAAGAGGUGCAGAAGCUCAAGUUUGCCCUGUUCGACCAGGACAAGUCGAGCACGCAGCUGUACGAGCACGACUUCCUGGGCGAGUUCUCCUGCACCCUGGGCAUGAUCGUCUCCAGCAAGAAAAUAACCCGGACUCUCCUUCUGGGGAAUGGGAAGCCGGCUGGGAAAGGGAUGAUAACGAUAGCUGCCCAGGAGCUCUCGGAUAACAGGGUGAUCACUCUGAGCAUGGCUGGCAGGAAACUGGAUAAAAAGGACCUUUUUGGGAAGUCAGACCCCUUCUUGGAGUUCCAUAAACCAGGUGACGAUGGGAAGUGGAUGCUGGUCCACAGAACAGAGGUGAUCAAAUACACACUGGACCCUGUCUGGAAGCCGUUCACUGUGCCUUUGGUGUCACUGUGUGAUGGAGAUGUGGAGAAGCUGAUAAAGGUGAUAUGUUAUGACUACGACAGUGACGGGGGGCACGACUUCAUCGGGGAGUUUCAGACCUCAGUGGCCAAGUUGUGUGAAGCCCAAGAUGCCUCUCCACUCGAGCUAGAGUGCAUUAACCCCAAAAAGCAAAAGAAGAAAAAGAACUACAAGAACUCUGGGAUCAUCAUUGUCAAGUCCUGCAAAGUGAGAGAUUUCUCCUUCCUGGACUACAUCCUAGGAGGCUGCCAACUGAUGUUUACCGUUGGGAUUGACUUCACAGCUUCCAAUGGGAACCCACAAGAACCCUCCUCUUUGCACUACAUCAACCCCCUGGGGACGAACGAGUACCUGUCGGCUAUCUGGGCUGUCGGCCAGAUCAUCCAGGACUAUGACUCAGACAAGAUGUUUCCUGCUCUGGGAUUCGGUGCCCAACUCCCGCCGGACUGGAAGGUGUCCCAUGAGUUUGCCAUUAACUUCAAUCCCAGGAACCCGUUCUGUUCAGGUGUGGAGGGCAUUGUCCAAGCGUACUCGGCCUGCCUGCCCCACAUCCGCUUCUACGGACCCACCAACUUCUCCCCCAUCAUCAACCACGUGGCCCGAUUCGCAGCUCAAGCCACCCAGCAGGAAACUGCAUCCCAAUACUUCAUCCUCCUCAUCAUCACGGACGGGGUGAUCAGCGACAUGGACGAGACGAGGCACGCCGUGGUGCAGGCGUCCAAGCUGCCCAUGUCCAUCAUCAUCGUGGGGGUGGGCAACGCUGACUUCGCUGCCAUGGAGUUCCUGGACGGGGACAGCCGGCUGCUGCACUCCUACACGGGCGAGGAGGCCGUGCGUGACAUCGUCCAGUUCGUGCCCUUCCGGAAUUUCCGCAACGUCCCCAAGGAGACCCUGGCCAAAGCUGUGCUGGCAGAGCUGCCCCAGCAAGUCGUGCAGUACUUCAAGCACCAAAACCUGCCACCCAUCAACUCGGAGCCUGCGUAGAGCCGGGCCGGGCCACUCCCUCUGCAUGUCGCCGAAGCCUGUUGGUCCUACUGGAAGCGCAUUCCACAUGCUCUUAAGAGAAGAAUACCCUCCCUGAAACACUUUGUACUUCUUAAUUUAAUUGCUAAGUUCUUAACACUCAUCCCAGCGAAGCGUCUGGAUUCGUUUUUGUACAGUCUUGGCCCCAGGUAACACUAAGCAGCCAGGCCAGGCCUCGGUCCUGCUCCGUUGAGUCACUUUUCAGUAUUGAAUGUACUUUGUAAAAUUUCAGUGGAACAGGAGUCGAUUUUUAUGAUCAAAAAACUUGCUUUUUCCAAGCAAUGAAAUGCUUAAUAUAUUAUUAUCAUUCAAUGAACUGGUCGUUGUAUAGUUCAUGUAUUUGUGUUGUACCUGUACAUCCGUCAGGCUCUGUGUUCAUUUUUAUACUGUGUACUUGUUACAUUUGUUAUACUCAGGUUAAUAAAGAAACUUGGACAUUUAAAACAAAA